GUCACCAUACCGCGAUGCGCGCUAUGCUGCGUCAUCGUCCGGCGACGUGCUUUUCAUUUUGUAAACAUUUGGAAGCGACUCUUGGAGACUGGAGUGAAGAAACCCAUGGAUAAUCUUGUGAAGGUGCACGGAGGUGGUGGUUAUGACUCUGACUUCAGUGAUGAUGAUGGGCAGGGAGAGUCCUCAAACAGAGGCCUUAAAAGGAAAAGUGAAGAGGAAAUCUUACAGAAGCCAUUCCAGAAAGGUCGGCACUCCAAGGUGGCUCACCGGAGUUUACACUCUAAUGAACUGGACAGAGAGGAAGCCAGGAACAGGAGAGCCCACCUGAUAUCAAUGAAUGCUUUUGAGCGACAUAAGAAGUUUGUUGGUGACUACAUACUUUAUUAUGGGGGACAGAUGGGAGACUUCAAACGCUCUGCAGCUAAAGACAGAACAGAUGUGGACGUGUUGCGUGAGAAUCAUCGCUUCCUCUGGAGGGAUGAGGACGAGGAAGACAUGACAUGGGAAAAAGAACUUGCGAAGAAGUAUUACGACAAGCUCUUUAAAGAGUACUGCAUAGCCGACCUGAGCAGAUACAAGGAAAACAAGUUUGGAUUUCGUUGGCGGACUGAGAAUGAACUUGUCUCUGGCAAAGGUCAGUUCCAGUGUGGAAACAAACAUUGUGAGAAGCCGGAAGGCCUAAAAAGCUGGGAGGUGAAUUUUGCUUAUGUGGAACACAGCGAGAAGAGAAAUGCAUUGGUCAAACUCAGACUAUGCCCUGAAUGCUCUUUCAAACUCAACUACCAUCACAGGAGGAAAGAGGUAAAAGCAAAGACAAAGUCUAAAAGUUUAUCGGAGGAGAACCAGGAGCCAACACAGAAGAAGAAGAAGAAGAGGAAGAGAUCAUCUUCACAUUCCAAGAAGCACAAACACAAAGACAAAUAUAAGAGGCACAGAGAUCGCUCUUCCAGCAGCUCAGAGGAAUCGCUGAACUCGGACAAAGACCCUGAAGACGAGGAUGAGCUAAAGGGCCAAUCAGAAGCUGAGCACUGGCGAGGACCCGCGCCUGCAGUAGAGGAAAAGUCAAGGGAGGAGGAGUUUGAUGAGUACUUUGAAGACAUGUUUCUUUGACUCUGCUGGUAUCGGCAGCAACCCUGCUGUGACUACGCUUCUCUCCGCGCGCCACUGACAUUAAGCACGUUCUGUUCUGUCUUUAGUGCAUGUAGUUUUAUUGGACUGUAUGUGUUAUUAAUGCGACAGAAAUAAACAUAAUGUUUACCCUG